GAAAACUAUAGUUCCUUUAAAUCUGAUGAGACGCACAACAGAGGACACAUCAGUUUUGGGUCAUUUCAUACCUAAAGACACCAGAGUUAUGGCUAAUAUAUGGGCCGUUCAUCACGACUCCAAAGUAUGGCAUAAACCGCAAGACUUUAAUCCAAAUCGAUUUCUCACAAGUGAUGGCAAAGAAUUGCUUAAAAUUGAGGCUUUGAUACCAUUCUCUACGGGUAAGCGUUCGUGUGUUGGGGAGACGUUAGCACGAGUGGAGGUAUUCCUGUAUUUCGCAUCACUUCUGCAAAAAUACACAAUAAGUGCAGCAAAUGAUGAGGUGUUGACUCUGGAGGACACGUUUGGGAUAGCAUUAAAUCCUAAACACAAAUCUAUACUUCGGUUCAAAAAGCGGAUCUAAAUUAAUGCCAACAAUUGACGUGAAAUUAGACUCAUUUGUAAUUAAAACUAAACAUUGAUUAGCAUUAAUAUGAUGCCCUA